AUGAUCUUCAAUGGAUUGGAAGGCCUUUCACCUGAAGACCAGGUACUCGUUUCACGAUUUGGUCGAGGUCCCUCUGUUCCUGUACCAACAAACAAUGUCCACAAAGCCUUUGAGGGCAUUGUAGACUCACAUCCCACAGCGGUGGCAGCAAGAUUCGAAGCAAAUGUCAUCACCUAUCAGGAAUUAGAUGUUUCUGCGAAUCGACUAGCCAACUAUCUGAUCGAAUGUGGUCUUCGUCCCGGACAGCGUGUCUGUCUUGUAGUACAACGCUCUUUCGAGAUGUUGUCUGGGAUAUUCGCGAUACUAAAGGCCGGUUGCCAGUACGUUCCAAUCGAUGGUGGUGUUGCCUCUGAACAUACCCUGAGACACAUCUUCAAAGAUACCGGAGCUUCCUUCGUCCUGUGCCUGCCACAAUUUGAAGAGAAAGUGAGAACGCACUGUUCGGAAGAGACCACCAUUGUUCCACUUGGGAAGGACGCUGAAGCAUUUUGCUCGAAACAACGACCAAACAUUGAGGUUUCUGGCAAAGAUGGAGUAUAUGCGAUCUACACAUCCGGAAGUACCGGACAGCCAAAGGGUGUGGAUGUCAUGCACGCAAAUGUGUGUAACGCUCUACUUCUAGACCCUGCCAGGCUAGGGAUCACCAUUGGCACCAAGGUAGCACAAGUUCUCAACAUAGCAUUUGAUAUGGGUGCCUGGGAAAUCCUCGGAUGUCUAAUGAAUGGCGGUACUCUCUAUCUUCGCAAUUCUAAUUGGACAGACACUCUGAAAGAAGUUGAUGUUUUCAUCUCAACGCCAUCAAUUCUUUCGAAGUAUCGACGAAGCUCCUUUCCGAACAUAAAAACUGUUGUAACCGGAGGAGAACCCUGUCCCCAAGCACUGGCAGAUGAAUGGGCAGAUGGCCUCCUCUACCUAAACAUCUGCGGACCAACCGAAAUUACUAUACUCAACUCUGCGCACCUCCACUCCCCAAAGAAAUCCCUCACCAUCGGAAAGCCACUCCCUAACACAAGCGUGUACAUUCUUGACGAAAAUAUGGAACCUGUUCCUGUUGGUUCUAAGGGUUCAAUGUGGGUCGGAGGUGCCGGUGUGACCCGUGGAUACAUCAAUCUACCAGACCUGACAACAAAGCGGUACAAGGCCGAUCUAUUCGCUAAUGAUGGCUCAAUGAUGUUCAACACUGGUGACAUUGUGGCUUGGAACGAGGAUGGCUCUAUGAAUACCUUCGGUCGGUCGGACGAUCAAGUAAAGAUUAAGGGCUUCCGCGUCGAGCUUGAUGGUGUUACUGCGGUCAUAGAAAAGUUCCCCGGUAUCACAAGAGCCUGUUCUACUUUGAUUGAUGGGGUAUUGUAUGGGUUCUACAAUACUACAACUCUCAUUGAUGAACAUGACUUGGAUCUUUUUGUCCGUGGCUAUCUUCCAUACUACGCAGUGCCCAGCCACUGGGUUUAUGUUGCCGCUAUCCCUCUGACUCCCAAUGGCAAGGUCGAUAAAGCAAAACUUGCUAAGACAGCAUCACGAGCUAGCAAGAUUGUCUCAUCCCCACGUGCUUCGAAAUUCGACUCCAGGCAGCUGUACAAUCCAGCUGCAAGCCCGGAGCAACAGCAACAGCAGACAGAUCCAGAGAAAGGAGAAACCAUCCUCUACUCAAGCAACCUUUCAACCUUCAAUACUUCGGCAACGAGUAUACAAGAGAAGCCCGAAAAGCUACCGGAGAAGAAUGGAUUCCGCGGCCAAAGAUGGCUCAGACACCGCGCUCUCAUUGUGUACAAGAAGUUCUUUACCGUGGUCGUUAUCGGAAACGUCAUUGCCGCAGCGAUCAUUCUUUACUGGAGAGUCAAAAACGAUAGGUACAUGAUGGCCGAUCUUGCGACGGCUACUGCAGCAAACCUGACGAUGGCUAUAUUGAUGAGGUCCGAGCCGGUGAUCAACCUGCUUUUCACCAUAUUCUGCUCUGUGCCUGUCUCAUGGCCCUUAUCCAUCCGGAGACACUGCGCCCGCAUAUUCCACAUCGGAGGCAUUCACAGUGGCUGUGCGCUCGCUGCCAUUAUGUGGUUCUUGAUCUUCACCAUUGGCGCAGGCCUUGACUUCGCCAAACCCCCAGAGUUACAGUGCAUCAGCGUCGCCUCCAUGGUGUUGACAUGUUUCAUCAUUUUGCUUCUCCUGGCAAUCGCAUCGCUUUCGCAUCCCAAGAUCCGCGCGCAGUAUCAUGACGUGUGGGAACUCACGCAUAGAUUUGGCGGUUGGACUGCUCUUAUCUUACUCUGGAUCCAUGCCUUUCUCGUCACCAGGGACCUACAAAUCGGCGUUGCCCCAUCCAAAGCCUACCUCACGUCACCGCCCAUAUGGCUCCUUACUGUGGCAACAUCCGCCAUCAUCUUCCCAUGGUUGUUCCUCCGCAAGGUACCAGUCCGGUCUGAGGUUCUAUCAUCUCAUGCUGUCCGUCUGCAUUUUGAUUACACCACUCCAGUCGUUGGUACAUCUGUCCGCCUCGCCGAACGACCUCUGGUUGACUGGCACGGAUUUGCAACCAUCACCAACGUCAAUGGCAAAGGCUUUUCUCUUGUCGUCAGCAACGCAGGUGAUUUCACCAAGCGUACCAUCAACCGUGCCCCAACUUCGAUCUGGGUUCGUGGCAUUCCGGCCUGUGGCGUCCUACGUAUUUGUACGAUCUUCAAGUCUGUCGUACUAGUCGCGACAGGAUCAGGAAUCGGUCCAUGUCUCGCUGUUGUCCUCGCGAAGAAGACACCUUGCCGCAUCCUCUGGACGGCACCCAACCCGGAACAAACAUUCGGACAAGAGAUUGUCGAUGCAGUGCGAGAUACAGAUCCGAAAGCUGUUAUUCAUAACACUCGGACACAGGGGAAGCCGGAUAUGAAUUUGAUGGCAUACAACUUGUGGAAGGAAAGUGGAGCUGAAGCUGUCUGUGUCAUCAGCAAUAAGAAGUUCACGACCAGCAUCGUAUAUGCGAUGGAGGCGAGGGGUAUUCCAGCUUAUGGAGCUAUCUUCGAUUCUUAGCUGCUCGGUAUGGGAAAGGGGUUGAAUGCGACAGGUCAAAUGUGUUAGACUUAGGUACACACUCGUUACUUGGAUACGUGUAGAACAUGGAUUGCAGUCAUUAAC